AUGACGAGACAAGGGCUGAGUUCGGACGACACGCUAAUCAACGGAGGGGGGGGCGGAAGUUCCGGCUGUGCGUCACGUCAGAAUUUUUUAGUUUAUGGGCGGCUCAGUAUCUCUAGAGCGCAGGUACUUAACCUCCCGGGUUCGGCGUCUGGCGCUCUUAGUUCCUCCUUUUCUUUCGUUCCUCCCGGAGGCCUUUGUGAAAGCUCAGCUAUGCGAUCGCUCGGAGGGUUCUUGUUUGUCCUGGGAACGGCCACGGUGGGCCUUUAUUUGCUGUCGGUGCGGUUGCCCGGAGAACCGCGCGCUGGAAGUGGGUCAUUAAAGUUCCCUUCAGACCUAAAGGAACUACAAGAGCUUGCACAAUUUCUACGAUACUACAAUACAGAGCAUCAUGCAUAUGUGCUGCUGCUGUUCUGCAGUGCCUACCUAUACAAGCAGUGCUUCGCCAUACCCGGCUCCAGCUUUCUGAACAUCCUUGCGGGGGCUCUCUUUGGACCAUGGAUGGGACUCCUGUUGUGUUCUACCUUGACUUCUGUGGGUGCCACUUGUUGCUACGGCCUAUCCAAUGUAUUUGGGAAAAAAUUUGUUAUCUACUAUUUUCCUGAUAAAGUUGCCAUGCUUCAAAGGAAGGUGGAAGAGAACAGAAAUUCCUUGUUCUUUUUGUUGUUGUUCUUGAGGCUGUUCCCCAUGACUCCAAAUUGGUUUCUCAAUCUCGCAUCUCCAAUCCUGAACAUACCUGUGACUCAGUUUUUCUUGUCUGUUCUUAUAGGUCUCAUCCCAUAUAACUUCAUCUGUGUCCAGACAGGCUCAAUCCUUUCACAGAUCACCUCCCUAGAUGCAAUUUUCUCCUGGGGUACUUUAUUCAAGAUGUUAGCUAUAGCCAUGGUGGCAUUAAUUCCUGGGACUUUCAUUAAGAAAUUCAGUCAGAAGCAUCUCAACAUGGACGAUAACCAGCGAGUUCAUCUCAAUGGGAGAAAGAGCAGCUGAAUUGGUUGGGUUUGGGACCAGAUACUGUGGAAGCCUAUUUAUGGGGAAGAUGCAAUUCUUUCUAACCAGUUGCUUUGUUUUUACUGGACUCUGAACCCCCUGCCACUGGCAGAUUUCAGAGAAAUCUGUUCUUAAAUACUGUUUUUAAAAGAUGACUGAGACUUGCAUGUCUCAUUUAUAAAAGGCAUUUGUGACCGUUCCAAUGAAUUCUGUACCUAGAAAGCUGUCAAAGGGAAUAGAAAAUCUUCUGUGCUGUGUGGUUUUGCUAUCACCGACUUGAACCACUAGAGGCUAGAAUCUGCCUGGAAGUAAGUCUGAGGCUGCUUCCUGCAUGGAGAGCAUGUUCAAGAAAAGAUCACAUGUAGCAGCAGUAAUUGCUGCCAGUGACAGUGUGUUCUAUGGGACAAGUGUUGAGUGGCUGAAUAACUGCACUGAGAACUGAAUCAUGUUACCUCCCCUACUGAGGGAAUGCAUUUGAGCCUUGCCUUACUAUCUCCUCCCCCCCCCCCGCACCCCCUUUGUGCCUCUUUGGGAAUUGCAAAGAAGAGACGCAUGGACAAAGGAGACUACAGUCUUACAGGACUGGCUUAUUCCUUCCUGUGUGCUGAAGAGGUGGUGAUAAUAGUAGAGUCCACAUGCUGUCUCGACCUUGUAGCAUCAGUACGUGGCUCUUGCAGCAGCUGUUAUGUUUUAUGCUAAGGGAGAGUGGCACCUGGCAGUGUUAGGGCAGUAUUAUUGCUUUUUUCAAAACUAGUUCUGGUGGAAGUGCUACCUCUGCAUCCUUCUUUGAGGGACCCAUGCAAAGACAGACUACUCCUGCAAGCCUCUACUGACUGCUGGUGAAAAGGAGCAUCUUUGUAGUCCCCAAAUAGUUAGUGGAUAAUCUGUGGAGUGGCUCUGGGGAACCUCACUAGGCACCAAGCCUGAACACUUCUACCUCCUCAAAGAGUUUAGGCUUGGUGCCUAGUGAGGUUCCUCUCUAUCAUUUUCUCGGUAGCACUAUGCAUUCUGGAAAACCAUGUUCUACCGUUUUGCCACUGGCCAAAGCAAAAGUUUUAUUACCGUUUGUAACCACAAACAUUUCUUUAUGCUUCAUUGGAUGGAAAAAACUGUAAUUCAUGUUCCUUGUACUUGUGUUUUAUCUUACUUGCAUAAUUGAAAUGACUGUGUUGCUAGUCCAUUGGAGCAGUCUGCUGCUUCAGCGGUGGGAAAACUUCUGUGAAUGUGGCUGUCAUUUUUUCCUUUUCCUUUGUUCCUUUUUCCUUAAUGAGCAUUAAGAUCAGAAUUUGGUACCCCUGAUCAAGCCCAUUGUUCUUCAUCUCAGUAUUCUGCUCAUCUAUCCCCCAAUAGUAGUGAGCAAUUGCCACUAUUACAAAACCGUCCUUGAGCCUCCCAUUUGAUAAGGGCCUAAUUCUCACUAAAAUGGUAAACCAGUGUCUGGGUCAUACCACUACUUCAGAAUGCAGGUGAGGGCUAAUGCACCUUUUUUUUAUUAAAAAAAAUAGACAGAAAUCUAGAUGUUAGUGAGAAGGGUAAACUAGACCCUUUUUUCCCUGAUGUCUGUAAUGAGACAAUGUUACCAUCUCAGAGUACCAGGCCAAUGUUUCAGAAGCUACAGCCUGUUGUGUUUUCUUCUAAUCUGCAGUGGAAGUGGUGGUGUUGAUGGAACAAACUCUCUAUCCUCCAGUCAAGUGGUGGCUAAACAUCCUUGUUUACAGCAAAAUUCUCAGAAUGGUAUUUGCUGACUCCAUGACUGGGUUAGCACAACAUGCCAUGGCUCGUCAUGGGUUAUUUAACCCACAAUGAUUCAUGGCAUCCACAGGUGCCAGAUUGCAUAUGCAACUCUGCUUGGGGGUUGUUGUGUCAUGUGAACCUGGCAAGCAUGGGUUUUGCGAGGUUUAAACAACCAUGAAACAGACCGUGGUUUAUGCAAGGAUUAUUUAUAUCAUGGAGUUCACAUGAGCAGGGGUAGCAUAGUCAAAAUGGCAACCACAAGGACCCUGCUUAAAAAACCAUAGUGGACUGUCAUAUCAUGCAAACAGCUUCCAUGUAUGUGCUCCAUGCCAGGCAACUUGGAGCUGAGAGAGAAAUGUGUGUGUCUUGAAUUCAUCUGAGCAGAUACUACUGUACAUCUAAAUUAAGUGCCUUACCUACUGUGUGUGUUUAUAUGGCAAUUGUAUUUGUACCAGAUAAAUGGUAGUGAAAACUGUUGCUACAGUUGUAUUUUGUGUAAAAAUAUCAAAGUAUAUAUUUAACUACUUCAAAUGAA